GGUGAAGUAUCUGAAUGGCGAUGCCAAGAGAUAUUCAAAAAAUUAAAAAGUAGGGUGGGUGUACAGUACAAAGGCUUUUCCCUCCCUCCAAUCCACUGUUUGCACUCACUCUCACCUCUCAUUUCUGAUCUGAUUCAAGUCUUCGAAACCCUAACUCAGUGACAUAAGUACGCUCCAUUGGUUAUUUGGUGGGCUUAGUUAUUUUUGUGGAUUUCUUCGAAAUGGAGGCGAUUUAUGCAAAGCUCUAUAACAAGUACACUAAGCUCAAGAAAGAAAAAGAUUCCGAGAUGGAGAAGCUGAAUCGUGAACAAGAAGAGAAGUUUUUGAAUUAUGUAGCCGCCGCGGAGGAAAUGAUAGAGUACUUGAGAAGUGAAAAAGACAAACUUUCUAAGCAAGUCAAUGAGUUGAGAAGUGAAUUGGCUUCAAUAAGAUCCACCAAAGAUGAACAACUAAUUCGCUACCAAAAUCUUUUGAUGGAAGAGAACCUUAAGAAUAAAGAACUAUCAGAGGAAAUUGAGAGGUUACAAAGCCUUGAACAACAGAGACAAGUUAAUAACUUAUCUCAAGAUUAUGAAGGUGAAAAUGGACAAGCAAAUAAACCUGGGGGCGUUUCACAUCAUGCAUUUAAGUCCCCAACUAUAAAGAAGACUAGGAAGCGUAGUAGGCAAUCCCUCCUUGUCAAUGAAAAUCCAGUUGAUGCAUCUGAUGCAGAGGAAAACUUGGAUGACCUCAUGAAGGAACCUACAAAUGGGUUAUGUAAGAUGAUUGAGGCUCCAUGCUGUAGAAGAAUCACGGAUGCUUCAGGUAAUGAGGUAACUGAUGCAGAACAUCUAACCUGCAUGUUUCAAGACCUGGCUGGGUGCAUAGUUGGAAUGAAACUAUCACCAUUUAUGGAAAAUGAGGAAUAUCUUAUCUCCGCUCUUCACGAGUCAAGUGGUUAUUCUUUUACUUUAACAUGGAUAAACAACUCAAGUGGAAAACCAGAAUUGUUGUACCGAGUUUCGUCAUUGGGAACUUUUGAGAGAAUAGCACCAGAGUGGAUGAGAGAUGUCUUAAUGUUCAGCACAAGUAUGUGCCCAAUCUUCUUUGAAAGGCUGUCUCGUGUUAUUAAAGCUUAAUUGCUGACAAAACUCCCACCCCAUCCCAUCUCACAAUUAGAUGACUUCUUCCUUAGAUAUGUAUCAUGUCUCUUGUACUGUAUGUAAAUACUUUUGAUAGUCUUGACAGCCAACAUGUAUGUUUGCGAAUUAGAUACUUUGUACGGGUGAUAUCUUAGUCAGACCAUAGAUUCUGACGUUUGCUAGGCCAAUGUAAAAUCAAUGAUGAUAACUCUCAUGUGCAUAUUGUGCCUAAUAUUGAUAUUAGAUAGACCUGGCUGGCUUUGCAAU